AUUGUUGAAGUGUGCGACUGUGAUUGGUGAGGUGUGACCAGGGCCGCGUGCUGUGCCACGGUCUGAUUGGACCGCUCUCGUCGCCGGGUUCUGGUUCAUAUCUAUGGUUACCGGUGACUGAGUCGUCGCCGCUGCGGGACCCGGCCGAAGUCCCCUGCCUCGCGCCACCCCCAGACGAAGUGAGCCGUGUCUCAGCCGCGUGCAGCCUCGGUGGGGAGCGAGGCCUCGCCGUCGUCAUGACCCUCCGCUGCCUCGGCCUUCUCUGCCUGCUGCUGCUCUGCCUCCUCGGGGAGGCCAGUGCCGGGAGGGAUUUCUAUAAGAUUCUGGGAGUGUCCCGCAGUGCAUCAGUAAAAGACAUUAAAAAGGCCUAUCGGAAACUGGCUUUGCAGCUUCAUCCGGACCGAAACCCUGAUGAUCCACGAGCACAAGAAAAGUUCCAGGAUCUGGGUGCUGCCUAUGAGGUGCUCUCAGACGAGGAGAAGAGAAAGCAGUACGACACAUAUGGCGAGGAGGGACUGAAGGAUGGUCACCAGGGUUCCCAUGGAGACAUCUUCUCACACUUCUUUGGGGACUUUGGUUUCAUGUUUGGAGGAAGUCCUCGUCAGCAAGACAGGAAUAUUCCACGAGGAAGUGACAUCAUUGUGGACCUGGAAGUUACACUGGAGGAAGUGUAUUCAGGAAACUUUGUGGAAGUUGUUAGGAACAAGCCAGUGGCCAGGCAGGCUCCUGGCAAACGGAAAUGCAACUGCCGGCAGGAGAUGAGGACCACCCAGCUAGGCCCUGGGCGUUUCCAGAUGACUCAAGAAGUUGUCUGUGAUGAGUGUCCCAAUGUCAAGCUUGUGAAUGAAGAGCGAACACUAGAGGUAGAGAUAGAGCCAGGCGUGAGGGAUGACAUGGAAUACCCCUUCAUCGGGGAAGGUGAACCCCAUGUAGAUGGGGAGCCGGGUGACUUACGCUUCCGAAUAAAAGUUCUCAAGCACCCUGUCUUUGAAAGAAGAGGGGAUGAUUUGUAUACAAACGUCACUAUCUCGCUGGUCGAGGCACUGAUAGGCUUUGAAAUGGAUAUUGCCCAUUUAGAUGGGCACAAGGUUCAUGUUGCCCGGGAUAAAAUCACAAAACCUGGGGCCAAACUGUGGAAAAAAGGAGAAGGUCUUCCAAACUUUGAUAACAAUAACAUCAAAGGCUCACUGAUAAUUACUUUUGAUGUGGACUUCCCCAAAGAGCAGCUGACAGAUGAACAGCGGGAAGGUCUCAAACAGCUGUUGAAACAAGGAUCUGUGCAGAAGGUGUACAAUGGACUGCAGGGGUACUAACACAACAAAUUGGACUUGAUUGCAAAUGAAAAGUGAAAUCAGUGAUAUUUAUCUGCAGUCUUCUGCCCAUUGUAGAACAAAAAGGAGGGAAGGUGGAGUGAUGGUUCAAGCAGAUUUUUGCAAAUGGUGAAGGUUGUCAGAUGGCUUAAGGAAAAUAUUUCCUUUUUCAGGGCAUAACUGGUGCUGCCUAUAGAGUUCCCGGUAUUGGAGCAGUGAGCAAAGCCCCUAAGCAAAGAAAAUGGGGGCAGGGGGGUGUUAAACUCAGUGCAAAUUGGAAAUUCUGGUUUUUAAAUAUAUUUUGAUGUUACUUUU